GCAGACUGUUAAAAGGAAGUGAGAAAACAAAAGAGACAAGAGAGCUUUUGCAUCCAUUCACGUCAUCCUCUGUCUCAUUCCCUUCUUCCUUCCUCCCUGCUAGUGGUGGGUGAGAGAGAGGAAAAAGGCUGAGGGAGAGAUAAGAAAGACUGAAAGACACAAAGGAAGGAGGAGGAGAGUGUUUUCCUCAUUCCCGGUGAGAGAGGAAAGAAGAAAAGAGAAAAAGACGCGAAAGUGAGCAAAACUGAAUAGGCUGAAGGACCCAGUAACUAAAACACCAGAAGCUAACAGGUCGUGUCUUCUUCCCCGUGGGUGUGCGGGUCGAGGUCAGUCAGAGCUCUAAAAAGUUGUUGUGUUCAGUUAGCCGUCUUGGGUCCACCCCCUGCAUAUUUCUCGUUUGACCAUCCGCUGCCACUUGUUGCUUUAAAAUGGAAGGCCACUGAACUGUAUGCAAUACUCAAAGAAUAAUAACGUGGCCUGCACAAAACUGAAUACAGUUUCCUUCUUUCACACAUACCAGCCUAUGCUAUGACACGAAUCUGCAAGUGAUGACAUUUGAAAAUGACUACCUCUCCAGCUGCUGGGUGAUGAAGGGUAGCAAACAAGGCAAGAUUCCAGGCUACACCACAAAUUCCAAGUAUCAUAUACAAAGAUGAUGUGGUCAUUUUGGGUCCAGUGCCUCCCAUUCUACAUAAAAAAUAGAGUGCGACUUCUACCUCAUACAAUGGUGUAAAGCAGAUUUAUACUUAACAGAAAGAAUUCCAAAUCCCUGAUUAUUAAAAUAAUUAAUCAAUUCCUCAGAGCUGGUGUAGACUAUACAGUAACAAAUAACUUAUCAGAACAACCUCAUAUCAUAAAUAUCUGAAGAUAUGGCUUGACUAACAUCUGAACUUGUAAUACCAUAUCAAAACAACAAAGUUCAAAAUCAACAAAUUUACUGUUUUAGGCACGAUAAUUUUCACACCAUCUUUCACCAGAGGGAAGAAUGGCUGUAGGAAAAGGAUUCUACUCGCCCAAUGUGAGUAUGGCCUCCUCACUAUAGCAAAUGCAUCCAAGAAGAAAUGAACCUUACUACAAACAACUGCCAACAGCAUAUGUAGAUUUAUCACCAUGUCUCCUCAAAGGCAGCAUCAUUGAUCAGUUCUAGCAAAGUCUAAGUGGCUAUGAAUAAAGCAAGGGGUGGACAUUAAUUCUAACAUCUGUAACAUGCAAACUUAUGAACGUAGAAACUUUCCAAUUCUUGGUCUGCAGGCUGACAAAACAAUCUACCAUUAUAACAAGCGAUUUCAGACAUCCAUUGCUUAUCUCUAAAUAUACUGUCAUCAAAUUUCACACUACAGAUCACAGUUUCUCAGCAAUGACUCAAAGACCACUCAUUUAGCAAACUAAACGUAUUAUAAAUCACUGGCCCUUGGAUCUUGGGUUGAUGGCAUCAUCCAGGCGAACAAGGUCCUCGGAUUUCAGCUUCAUGGUGUAAGUGAUGGAUCAUUUUAUGGAUGCUGAAACCCAGACUGACCCAGUACUGGUUCUCUCUCUAGCACAUGCAGCCAUUCUAGGCCUGUUGAGUGAAAAUGAACUUUUUGGUGCCAGCAUCAAACCUAAUGGUUUCUUCUCAGAAAAUGGACGCGAGUCUGACAUAAACAGGCACAACACUGAAGCAGUCUGCGUUAAGACUGAGUUAGAUUCUGGCAUUGGGAUGGUGGAAGAGAGAGGGCAAUGUAGAGAAGAAAUGGCUAAUGAGAUAGGUGUGGCAUUUACAGGGAAACAGACAAGGAGAAGGAAGAGACAGCCUGUCAAACUUCUUCCUAAAACAAAACCACAGAGGGCAAAAGAGGUAUCUCCAGAGCAUGCUACUCUUGAAGCAAAUGAGCUUGGGCAAGAAGAUUACAAUGAUCAGACUGCUGAGAGUAUGCAAGCAGAAGAAGUCAAAAUAAAAAUGAUUGACCUAAGUGCCUACAGAAGGAAAUCUUUGCGCCUUCACCCUGCACCAGAAUCCCCGAGGAAUUCCUUUAUUGGAGAGUUCCCCAGCCUUGGGUUCCAAGAUUCUUAUGAAGCUGCACAGAGCAAUGUUAUAACUGCUGGUCCUCCUGAAAGUACUGCAGCACAGGAUUUACCAGGCCUAAGUAACUCUGCAAUGAAUCCAGGGACUCUCCAGAUGCUGGAUAUGGGCAAAGAGAACGAGCAACAACAGCAGCAGCAGCGGCAGGAACAACAGCAGCAGCAGCAGGAACAGCAGCAGCAGCAAAUGACUGUACAGAACUUUGUAUGGCAGGAGCAAAUGGACUUUGAGGAAGAAUCAGCAGCAGAGCAGGUUGAUCGAAACAGAAGGGCCCAGAUGGAUCGGUUAGACAUCAAUGUGCAGAUUGAUGACUCAUACUUAGUGGACAUGGGAGAUGGGCAUAAGCGGUGGCACUGCCGUCUGUGUGAAAAAUCAUACACCUCCAAAUACAAUCUGGUGACACAUAUCCUUGGCCACAAUGGUAUUAAGCCUCACGAGUGCCCUCAUUGUAACAAACUUUUUAAACAACCAAGUCACCUCCAGACACACCUGCUCACACAUGGGGGCAAGCGGCCACACAAAUGUGAGGUAUGUAGCAAAGCUUUUACUCAGACUAGUCACUUGAAAAGGCAUAUGCUUCAGCACACUGACAUUAAGCCAUACAGCUGUCGCUUUUGUGGUCGUGGCUUUGCUUACCCCAGUGAGCAUAGGUCUCAUGAAGCUAAGCAUGAGAGUGGACGUUGCCAUGUUUGCAUUGAGUGUGGUUUGGACUUUGCAACUCUGACACAGCUGAAGCGUCAUCUCACAUCCCACCAAGGCCCUUCCCCAUACCACUGUGUGGAGUGUAACAAGUCCUUCCACUACCGCAGCCAGCUACAGAACCACCUACUGAAGCACCAGAACGUCCGUCCAUUUGUCUGUAAGGAGUGUGGCAUGGAGUUUGCACAGAUUCAUCACCUCAAGCAGCACUCCUUAACCCACAAGGGAGUGAAGGAAUUCAAGUGUGAAGUAUGUGGUCGUGAAUUCACUCUACAUGCAAAUAUGAAAAGGCACAUGUUGAUCCACGCCAGUGUUCGUCCCUACCAGUGUCAUAUCUGUUUUAAAACCUUUGUUCAGAAGCAGACCCUGAAGACUCAUAUGAUAGUCCAUUCACCUGUUAAACCUUUCAAAUGUAAGGAAUGCGGCAAAGCAUUUAAUCGGAUGUACAACCUACUUGGACACAUGCAUCUACAUGCAGGCAAUAAACCAUUUAAGUGCCCAUACUGUUCCAGCAAAUUCAACCUGAAGGGCAACUUGAGCCGUCACAUGAAGGUCAAACAUGGAGUCAUGGAAGUUGCUCUGGAUGGGCCAGAUAAUCUCAUGGACUUCAGUGGUGUGGAGCAACCAGAAAUGGAAGGUCAUCAAGAGAUGGAAGACUUUGAUGAGGAGAACGCUUAUGAGUAUCGUGGAGGUGAGAAUACGCCAGAAGAGAGUACUGUGGAGAACUUAACAAUGACAGAGGAUGCCAUGACAGAAAUGGCAUACUAUGCCUUUGACAAAGAAACACGAACACACAGGGUGGAUUUUAAACCAUGAUGUUGUGUUGAGUUGGUGAAGGAAUGGACAACAUAAAUUGCCUGUAUAGGAUCUGUAGAACUAAAAAUAUGAGUUUUAUCACAAAGCUACUCUGAUUCCAAAAUAUAUACAUACAUGUGUAUACUUUUUUUUUGUUUAGCUGACUUUAUGUUCAUAGAUAAAUAAUUCCAGUCUGAUGGACAUCACAACUGCUUCAUGUGAUAGAAGCAAUGCUACUACUGUUAGGGAGGAGUGGAACAUGUUUUGUCAAUUUAUUUUCUUUUAUUUAUGAGCCUUUGCCUUAAAUCACAAGGAAAAACAAAAACAUGUGAAGAUAUUGGUUGUAACUGCUGUAUAGGUAGAUUUAAUAUUGAUAACAGACUACUGUGGGUUCGUUGUAGCUAUUUAAUCAUUCAGUUUCACUCGUAGAGUAAAUGCUGGAUAAUAUAAAAAAUACUGGUAUUUACUGUAUAAUCCACAUUUCUGAGGUAUGUUUAAAGGGAUGAGUAGAGCAGAUCAUGGAGGAACAGUAACCAGGAGACAGUACAUUGUGCUUCAUCUAACAGAAGCAGGAGUCUUUAGAGAUACACUAUUUGCUUUGUUUGCAGCGGGAUUGUCCGGAACCAAAGAUAGAAAUUGCUAUAAUACAGCUCCCAAUAUUUUUGUGUGUGUGUGCAGUGACAUCCAAAGAAUAUGAGUAGCCAGUUAGUAGUAGAUGAGGAAUUAAGUAACGGUUUGCAUUUUUGUACCUCUGGUAGUAUUAAAAUGUUGGCUGUAUUGCUCCUGCUUCUGCACUGUAAAGAACAUUUUCUUCUGCCACACUAAAAUAAUUUUACCUACUGUUGUAAAAUGGGCUGUCUUGCUCUUUAGAUGCCAUGGUGCUUUGGUUUAUUCUUAUGUCACUGUAACCUCACUGUGUGAGAUCUCUUACUUUUAUGAAGAAUGGGGUGCAUUUUUACAGCAGUGUAUUGUACUCAGAAAAUAAUCUUUUCCAUGAUACAUCUGUGACUGUUGUUCCACCCGACAAACUACUAUAUGAAGCUCAGGGACUGGCUGCUUCCUCAGGUGCAUUGUGGGAUUUUGCUUGAAACCUGGCAUUUACACCUACAGGGCAAGUUCAGACAGAGAAGUUGAGUAGUCUUGUCUGGAUAACAUCUGUUUGACGUCAUUUAUGAUAAAAUACUUAAGACAUCUGGACAAUAAAUUGUGACUAUUUGAGGAGACCUAUCAGGAUAAGGAAUCAAUGGCUGUCUCAUAUAUUCACUUUUUCAUUUUUUUUAUGUAUCAGUUGUAUAUUAAAACUGAAUGCAGCCCUGCAGGAGAAAAAUGGCAUUCAGUGGAAAGACU